UAUAAACUGUUCUUUAUACGAUAAAAGAUGAAAGGAGACAAAUGAACAAGCGAAUAAAAACUAUUUGUAUAAAAACCUUGCGCUCGGGAUUUUGCAUAGUAUGUUAGUGACCAUCGGCGGGACUAGAGGAAAAGAGCAUUAUAUUGGAGUUAUAAAGCGGCGGUUAUGAUUAUUCCUUAAUAACUUUGAAGUGAGACAAGCAAGUUUGUUAAACCGACUUUGAUCUCUGAAAUAUAGCACAAACACACUUUGUUGUUGGAAUUUCAAUUUAUAUUUACACCGAAUCUUUAUCAAUUGUGGACGUAUAUAUUCAUACUAUGGAGCCUGAUUUUGGAUUUUAUUUACAUCGAUGAAUUGUCGUUAAAAGAGAAAAAAGAAAAAAAAAAACAAGACGCAGGAUAUAAUUGAAAAAUUAGAAUAACUUGAAAUAGGAUUUUCAGUGCUGGUAUUUCACAGAAAUGCCACCUGUUGUACCUAUACUUGAUCUCCUCACGAAAAAUACAGUGUUUUGUCAAUUGCUUUCCGUAACGUAUACGAAAAUGACAGUGGAAUCUAAAGGUUACAUGAAAGUGCGAUGUAAUUAACAAACAUGGAAAUAUUCAACUUUACUUGAUACUCACUUACUUGACUUGAAAUUUACACCAUUUUUUUUUCAUUCACAAACUACCGAGGAUGGCUAUAAAAUUUAGAUGUGAUUUAUGCUAUGUGGAACGAUGAUCAAGUGAACAAACAUUAGAAAUAUAGAUAUCUAUAGCAAAAUACUUUUAUAUAAAAUACUGAACGUACCUUUUUUAUUAGAAUGACGAAAAUAUAUUUCAUUGUGACAUUUUGGGUUUGUGCAAUAUACGAUGCAUCAAGCAUGGCGAGACGUUUAGAUAUGCCGUUAGAUGUAAAUAAGCUGGAGAGUCUCGGAAAUACAGACACUCUUAUGAAAUCUCUGAAAGACAUUGCUCAAAAGUCGCACAAUUGUGGCGUGAAAGAAAUACCAAAGUUACGUCGGCACUACCUCAGGAAUACAAGUGUGACAUGCAAUGAUGGGUCUCGUGCAGGGUAUUAUUUAAGAAAAUCUCAUGGCAGCAAAAAAUGGAUCAUAUUUUUAGAAGGUGGUUGGUAUUGCUUCGACAGAUUCAGCUGCGAACUUCGUUGGAGCAGCAAAAUGAGAAAAUACAUGACAUCCAAUGGGUGGCCAGAAUACAAAACGGGUACUGGAAUCCUUUCGUGGGAUCCUAAAGAAAAUCCUUAUUACUUCAAUGCAAAUAUAGUAUAUGUUCCAUAUUGCUCUAGCGAUUCAUGGACGGGUACCUCACUCAGAAACGGGGACGGAUAUGCAUUCUUGGGCUCCUAUAUAAUAGAGGAGGUAAUCCGGGACCUGAUUCCACGGGGCCUGGCCAGGGGGAAGAAGCUAUUUCUGACAGGAACUAGUGCUGGUGGGACAGGUGUAUUGAUGAACCUUGACCGGGUCGCUGACCUAGUGAAGUCGCUGGCCCCGAGGGUGGAGGUCCGGGGGAUCGCCGACUCCGGUUGGUUUUUAGACAUUCCACAAUUCAAUGAAAAGACCUGUACCGAGCCUCUCUCCUGUUCGCCCACCACGGGGAUCAAAAAGGGAUUCGAUCAGUGGAGGGGUCGAGUACCGGAAGCUUGUAAAAAUGAAUAUCCGGACCAGGAACAAUGGCGGUGUUACUUUGGAUACAGGAUGUAUCCAACUUUAAAAACUCCUGUUUUUAUUGUGCAAUAUUUAUUCGAUGAAGCGCAAAUCCUAGCAAACAAUUUGAUCAACCAAAACAAAUUGAUGAACUAUAAUGGCAGCAACGAGCUGCUGUCUAAAGAACAGUGGGAGUAUUUGUACAAACUCGGAGAAAAAGUCAAACAGACGCUUGACAAUGUGACGGCGGUGUUUGCGCCAGCUUGUUUGUCUCAUGAAGUUUUAUUGAAAAAGGACUGGCACUCUAUAUCCGUGAAGGGCAUUUCCUUGUCCCAGUCCAUUUAUUGCUGGGAAAACAGCUUUGAGGGAGAAAAAUGCAUUUCUGCUACAAAUGGCAGCACAAGCGUAAAACUAAUACGACCAUAUGGAGAUGCUCCAGUUAAAGCUAGAAACCAAAACAAAAAGUCUCAAAGAAAGAAAAAGAAGAAUAAGAGGAGGAAAGAUAAAAACAAGAGACGGCGAAGGAGGAAGAAUAGAAACCGAAAAAAUAAGAACAAGAAAAACAAGAAAAACAAAAGAAAGAAGAAUAGAAAGAAGAAGCGAAAGGGAAAAGGAAAAAACAGAAAGAAGAACAGGUCUCAGCGAUCUGCAAAGAACGUUAGUAACUGCAGCCAUCACCUGAUCGAGCAGUGCCCCCUACCUCAGUGGUGCAAUAGUUUUUGUCCCACCUUCCGGAACCAGUAUAACGGACAGGAGAUUGACUUUUUCAAAGUGUUCGCUGCUUCCGGUAUGGACAGUAAAUCAAUGGCGGAACUCCUGGGCGUGAAUACGUCAACCGUGAACGCGAUGAACGCCAACACAAUAUCUACUCUAUUGUUGGACACAUUCAGACAAAAGAGGCCUCAGUAAAGCUCUAAACGGUUGUUUGUUUUGUAUUUUUUAGAAGGUCUUUACCUUUUGAGACCUGUACCUCAUGUAAAAGUUCUGUGGCGAACCGUUAACUUAUAGAAUUCACUCUCAUAAACAUUAAAAAUUAUAUAUUCCAUUGACGUUUUUCAUCGGAAAUGCUUAGUAAUCGCGUGUCACUUUUAGGCAGUAUUUUAAUAUUUCUUGUACAUCAUACAUUUACAUAUUUUUAAUUACUUAACAAUCAACCCAAAAGCAGCAUUAUAACUUAACACUUAAAUGCCAUUCAGAUAUUCAAUAAUUGAAUGAAAUGGAAUGUAUUUCGUUUGGAGGGUUGGUCGCUACAUCUUGUCUCUGUCUGAGGUACAUUGUUUUGUAUAUUUGCAAGAUAGAUAUGCAAAGAAUAUUUGGACAAAAACUGGAUCGUUUCUACAAAUGACCAUGUCAUAUUUAUCUUUUGUCGUAUUAUGGCAGAUUUCCCCCGGGGUAUUCAUUGUUUGCUGCCUACAAUUUUACAGAGUUAUUGCUAAAGAAUUUGUGAUGCAUAAUUCGACAUUUAAAAAUGAUUUGUAAAUAUUUAUGUGUUUUUUUUAAGGAGAAAAAAAAAUCAUUUUGUGAUAUGUAGCAAUUCAGGGAAUAUGAAUUGUAUUUUGUAUAUAAUUAUAUUGUUAUUUUUAUUAUUCUGUACGUAUAAUUUUAUUUUGUAGCGAUUGUUCAAGCAAUAUUCUUUUUUGAAACAUUUGAUCAUUAAAAUGUUUUAUGUAGCAUCUUUGUGUGUCAUUUCUUGAAAGAAGUUGAGUAAAAUUGUUUAGAGAUACAAAGCAUUUGUUGGACUGUAAAUGGCGAUGCUUUCAAUAAAAUUAAAUACUUUC